AUCCCCCAGACAGAUUCGACUUUGGCAGUGGUCUUACAAGCAUUUUCUCUCCGUCCGAACGAAAUCCGCCGUUUGCUGAAGCGCGCUUGGACCAGAGCGCUUGGAUUGUAUUGUUUCCUCUCUCUUUUUUUUGUAUCUUCGGUGAAUCUAGAGCUCAAGAUGCCUCGGUCGUUUCUUGUCAAGAAGUAUUUUCCCUACAAGAAGCAACAUAACAGGGAUUGCUACCCGGAGAGGCAAACUGCUUUUGUCCCAGAAAACUUUCCACUGGCUGAGCUUCCAACAGAGAAGAGGUCUGUACUGACCUGCCAACCUGCCACGCUAAUAUUCAGCGUGGACAUCCUGCCUAGACCUCACCCCCUGAUUUCCCCAGAAUCUCUGCCCCCUUCACCCAUACCCAUGGGCCCUUUGGAUCUCAGCAGUUCUCUCUCCAGCAGCAGUGGUGAUGAAGAGGAGGAUGGUGGACGUACUUCGGAUCCACCUAGCCCGGAUAGCAUGCAGCCUGUCUACCACUGUUUGCACUGCAGCAAGAGCUACACCAGCCUCCCGGCUCUUACCCAGCAUCAGAUGUCCCACCAGCUGCCCCCCUGUGCUCCCGAGAGUCCUUCUAUGACCACAGAAGAUUCAACACGCCCAGUCUUCCACUGCAAACACUGCCCAAAGGAGUACAACAGCCUGGGUGCCCUGAAAAUGCACAUUCGUUCACACACACUGCCUUGCGUGUGCACCACAUGUGGCAAGGCUUUCUCCAGACCGUGGCUCCUCAGGGGACACAUUCGCACACACACAGGUGAGCGUCCCUUCGCUUGUCAGCACUGUAGCCGGGCCUUCGCCGAUCGCUCCAACCUGCGCGCCCACAUGCAGACCCACGCUGAAGUGAAGAAGUACCAGUGUGGCUCCUGCUCAAGGACCUUCAGUCGCAUGUCCCUUCUUAACAAACACAACGCCUCUGGAUGCUGUCCUUCCUCUUGAACGUCACAUUCCCCCCGUCGGAGUGCUUUCAGUUGAAGCUGCUUGUGAUGAUGGGAGCCGAUGCACCCAGAGAACACUGAGAGAAAACAAAAAAAUGCAGAUAUAUUUUUAUGAAAAGUGCCUUCAUUACAGGAUCAGAUCUGAGGUCCUAUCUGCGGCAUAUUUUUUUGUUGCAUCCAGUGUGAUUUGAAAGCAGGUGGACAUUCAGUUAAUUCCCAAGGGACCAUGCUGGUGCCCGUUGGUCCGGGACUUUGGCAAUGUUGCAGCUGCUUGUGUAUGUGUGGGUGGGUGGGUGGGUGUGUGUGGGGAUGUCAUUCCUCACUAUACUAUGCAUACAUGACAUGUGUGUAUCUGAGCAAAUGUGAGUGUUGAGACAGCUGUCUGUAUGGUGCACUGUGGAGGCAGGGCGCUGAGGGACGUGUUAGCUGUGACCUCGACAACAGGUGACACCUCCCUGCCUGACAUGCCCUUCUGCAAGCCAGAAACACUUUUAACACACACUCCAAUGUGUGUUACAGGACCACUUGAUCUUGACCAAAAAUACACCUUGCCUUUUACCUUUUUUAAAAAAAAUUUGUUAUCAAUUUUGGUGUUUUUUUUUUUAAGUCCUAUGAAUUGGCAGUGGAGCGUUACAGGAAAAAGUGCAAAGAGACUGCAACAAAUGGUUCAGUCAAACAGGAAAUGAACCAGGGACUAAGUGCUCAGGGCUAUUUUACAAUCUAAAAGACAUUUGUUUUUGGAAAAAGGUUGACACAGUUUUUAUGAAACAUUUAACUGAAUGUGCCUUUUUUUUAAGG